UACGGUGAUGACGUCAGGAGCAAAGCUGCAGUGCCUGCGAGAGCGACGCAACCUGCUCCUACGCGCAUCUUUUCCAAACUUAAAGGAAGCAAGAGGAGGACGCGCGGCUGGGAGUUUGUUAUUGUUACCAUGAAGAAAGACAACAUGACUAACAAGUCUUUCUUCAACUCAAGUCCCAGUGGCUCUGGGACGGGGACGGCGGACGAGGAACUCGUCAUCACCUCCACUUUCGGGACUCUCCUUUCCGUCGUGUACGUCAUCGGGGUGUCGGGGAAUGUGUACACUCUGGUGGUGAUGCGUCACUCCAUCCGCUUCGCCACGUCCAUGUACAUCUCCAUCAUUAACCUGGCCCUGGCGGAUCUUCUCUACCUCUCCACCAUCCCCUUCGUAGUGUCCACCUACUUCCUCAAGGACUGGUACUUCGGCGACGCAGGCUGCAGGGUCCUUCUCAGCCUGGACCUUCUCACCAUGCACGCCAGCAUCUUCACGCUCACAGUCAUGUGCUCGGAGCGUUACCUGGCCGUCACCAAGCCCCUCGACACGGCGCGCCGCUCGAAGAGUUACCGUAAAGCUCUAGCGUGGGGAGUGUGGCUCCUCUCCUUGCUCCUCACUCUCCCCAUGAUGGUGAUGGUGGCCCAGACGACUGCUAAAUCCCCGGACGGGGGUGUGAAGAGGAUGUGCGCUCCCACGUGGGCGCCCGUGGCUUACAAAGUCUACGUGACGGUCCUGUUUGGCACCAGCAUCAUGGCACCAGGUCUUAUUAUUGGGUACCUGUACGUCAAGUUGGCGCGCACAUACUUGGAGUCCCAGCGCAACUCUGUCGUCAGCAAAGGCGGGAAACGCUCACCGAAACAAAAAGUACUCAUCAUGAUCUUCACCAUUGUGCUCGUGUUCUGGGCGUGCUUUCUGCCAUUUUGGGUCUGGCAGCUGCUGCCGUUGUACCACAGCCAGCCGCUGAGUUUGGCCUCGCAGACGCACACCUGCAUCAACUACCUGGUGGCGAGCCUCACCUACAGCAACAGCUGCAUUAACCCCUUCCUCUACACGCUGCUCACCAAGAACUACAGGGAGUAUCUGAAGAACCGGCACAGGAGCUUCUACCGGUACACGUCGUCGUUUAAGCAACGGCCGCCCAGUUUGUACUCCUGGGGGAAGUCCGCCUCCUCCAGCAACCAGUUAGAGUUCAACUCGGAGACGCUCGUCAUGGGGACCUUCAAGUGACUUUUCGCGUCACAGGGCUUGAGUGAGCCGGAGGACCUUCCCGGGCCCCUCCCUCUCCACCCAUGGGUGCUUCAGGGCAGAGCUGGGUCAGAGAUGGCUUGUGUCGGGUCGCAUGUGAAGGACACGGUAAUGGCGUACCGGGUCCCCCAUGACACCGUCUCCACACGGUGGAGGUUCUCAGAGCCGGAGGAAAAGAAAGACACUCUACCUGGGCAAAGAAAGCGUCAAAAGCUUACAAAGAACACUAAAUUCAUCACACAACAACUUGAAAAGUAUACCUGAGAAAGAUAAGUACAAUGAGGAAAUGGAUGGAUGGAUACGUACAAACAUGUACCAAUACGAACUUUACUCAGAUGCAAUGCAUUAUGGGAAAACUUUUUUCAAAUAGAAAACAGCCUCUUGUGCGCCGCAAUAUGCCAUUUCAUAACACUGUGGACAUGUUUGAUAUUAUAGUCCAGUGUGGCUUAUCUAUGUUUAAAUGAUAUUUUUCCUGUAAUUCUAGUGGGUAUAUACCGGUGUGGCUUAUAAUUUACGGUAACCUUGAAGAGUUGCCCAACUCCUGUGAGAGGGUUGCAGUUUUAUGGUUUGCUGCUUCAGUGUCCCACAACAUUUUUGCAAGGCCCGUUUUGUCCCGGCCCAUUGGUACUGUUGUGAUUCACUUAGCGGACUUUCAUUCGUCUAGUCUGGGAUCAGUUCACACUCAAUGUCCCAUUCAUAAUCACCCUGCAAUUGACUGGCGAUCACUUGGGGGGAUUUGCCCAUAAAGUGGAUAAGCAGUACUCUCUGACUUUCAACACCAAUUAGAAAAGUAACAGGAAGUAAAAGUAAAUGACACACACUAUUUAUCAGGAAGAUGGCUACUGUAUUUUACAUUGGCCUUAUGAACACAGUGCAAAUGUUCUCCAUUGUAGUGUAGUAUAUUUAUGAACAUACCUUUUAUGAUCCAAAUAAUCAUUGAAAUACUUUAAUAAAAUCCCAAAAGUUUAACCGUUAUUAUUAAAAUUACAAUAACGAUGUGUCAAUUUAAUAUGAAUAUAAAUUGUACUUAAGUGGCGCCACAAACUAAAUCAGAACUAUGUUCCUCAUCACGGAAAUCUGACCAGAAUUGGUGUCAAGGGGCGAUGUGGGGUGUAAGUCACUGAUGAUGCAGUACCCUGUCGAUGGGGAUGUCAUACAACCUCAAGUCUAAAAGAUGUGAACUAUCCCUUUAAAGCAGAGGCUGUCUCGUGUGUUCCUGCAGUGGUCGCAUUUUUUGUCAGGGACGAGUGGACGUAGAAAAUAUUAAGGAAGGUUCAGUUUAAAAAAAUGUUUCUGCAAGUGAGCAUGAACAUAUGUAGGCUGUCAAAAUUAUAUGGUUCAUUUUCAUCUGUGAUUCAUUGAUUUAUUUAUUUAUUAGUUUUCAUUCAUUCAGUUUUUUUCUGAAUGAGAAACAACAAACACAUAGGAAGACAGGUUUACGUGUUCUGGCUGUCAGUCAUAAGCUACUAUUGAUCCUCUUGUCUUUGUGCAAGGUAUCUCUUCGAUCGCAUUUCCACCGUUUACCUCUCUGAUCAUUGAUGUCAAUUGGCUUAUUUUCUCUGUGCCCUUCCCUCCUGCCCUUGUCCUAUAAGGAACACUAUCGCAUUGCCUCUUACUGCUCUCCAAUCCUUUCCUCCCCUGGGCUUCAAUGCCAUCAUUAUUAGCGGCUUUCAUUUUAUCUCUCUCUGCAGGCCCGAUUGUCAUCUUGGACUUUUAAUCAUGUACCUCCAUGCAUGCUGGUGCAUCGAUGAGGUUAAGGAAAAAUGUAUCUGGGCUAUUGAUGCAUAAUGUAAGAGGUUUGCUUUAUCUGAGGCAUUUUGGGUUGGUGGCGUUGUCAGUUCUGUCAUAUUAUGAUUCCAAAAGGGUGCUUUACCUCCGCUGGGAAUUUAAAAAAUCAGUCAGGAGGACUUUUAAAGAGACAGGUGUCACCUUGUUUUCCAUCGCUUCUGUCCUACAUCUUCUUGCACAUUUCAAAGGGUUCGGUCUCAGCGGUGACCUACUUCUCUCAAUUGUUCAGCGAUUAUUCCCAAUUCACUGAUGCAACCUCCUGCACUAUUAACAACUGAGCUGUCACUGGAGAUGAUUCAACGGGCACGUCCAAAUCACUCUUUAUUUCCACGUCCAUCAGUCAGCAUCACUCCCUACUACAUCGUGGACGCCGCCACCAGCCCAAGAUGUCUCACAGCGGUACACUGCCUGCUCACCUGAGGAUUUGACUGACGGAGAUGUCAGAGACGUUUUAUGAGUGUGAAUGGUUUUUUGUGUUCUGAUUAAGAGGCAGAAAGGCUUCAUGAGAGGUCAAGGAAUGGGACAAUGCGAUGAGAUAAAAGUGAAGAGCUAGAAGGACAAAGUGAACAAAGGACCCGAUGAACAAAGACAGCCUAUGAUGGUUUGCUGCCACAUGGGAGCGAAGCCGCCAGAAAUAGGAAACUGUCUCGGGAGAUGUGUUGCAUGCUAAACAGAUUUGGUUACAGACAGUUGGGUUACAGGAAGUAAUAAAGGGAGCCGUGAUGUAUUAGGCGAUAAUGACUUUAACAUUCAACAUUAAAUUACAUAGACUGAUAUCAAAUUUUAUUCCAUUAAGCUGUAAUCAGCAUAGCUACAAGUGGCAAUAAUAUUGGGAAUUUCAAAAUAAACAAUAAAUAGGGAUUCUAUUUUGCUGAAAUUGUUGGCUCAUGCCGCGUGCAAACAUUUACAUUAAGGAAAUUGAAAUAACUUCACAUUUUUCUAUAUUGAAAAAAUGGUUACCAUAAUUUCCUGACUAUUGAAUGUUGAAUUAAAAUCAGUUUAAAAUUAAAAGCAUUUUCCAAACAGUGGUGAACAGUGUAUCUAACACGGCUAGUUAAACAGUGCAGAACAGCACUUUGAUCAUGUGAUCAUGACUGUUAAACAGUGGCCUACAAGCAGUCAUCACCGUCCUCAUCCUCCUCCCGAGAACUAAAACCACUAAAGUUGUCUUCUUCUUCCCAACUGAACAGCCUCAUGAAUUCUUCGUCACACACUUUGUCAGUCUCUCUCCCCUUUGUUGUUGCAGCUUAUACACCCAAAAUGACUGUACCCUUUCUUCACAUUUUCUCCGUUGAAUAUUCUCCGUUUAAUAUUAACUAUUAACUGUAACUAUACCUUAAAAGUAACGCACUACAAUUUGUGAAAAUCAGAAGUAUAUUUGGGGUCCCACUGGGGACCAAUUCAGCUCACUCACACCAACCUCAUAUUUCAAGAAGUAUGACAAAGUGAGCAAUACUAUUCAAAAAAGAGCUUUUCUCUAAAUUAUCUACACUACCAUACACAUGACACCGAAAUCCCAACAAUAUUGGAGGUAUUGUUGCUCUCAUUGGGUACAGUAAGAACAUUUUAGCCGAAGCCGCGGCACCGGAAAGAUUAUCAGUCAUUACUGCGGAUUAGCCACUUACAGAAGAUUACGUUCAUAUUGCUACACCAUUGUCUGAUAAAUUCACCUUCAGAUUCCCUAAUGUAGUUUAGUCACUUAUCAUUUUAAGCCUGCCUGGGAUGAAAUCCUCCAGCACGCAUUAGUGCAGCCUUAAGAAGCUUCAGUAGACAAAGACGGAGGUUACAUGUGUUAUUUCUUACAGUGUAUUGAUGGUGCAUUCAAAUACUGAAGAGUAACCAUGACAUAUAGGUAGAUAGGUAGAUACCUGCUCGUGGUUCAACCGUCUUGUUGCCAUUUUGGUCCAUAAAGACAAACCUUCCUCCAGUGAAGUCAGAGCCGUAGUCAGACAGGUACAGAAGGGACGUGUAGUCAAACGAACCAUACGUCACCUGACAGAAAGGAAAAGAAACACAGAAUCUGAUUUUCAUCAAUGGAAGCUAUGCAUACAUUAAAUUGUGAUAUUUUCCUUUUUUUACACAGAUCUAAUGAGGACACUGCACAGGUUUAAUGCAACACUGGGAUCAAAUCAGCAUUUUCCUGUACCUCCGAACUCGGAACUCGGUACGCCUCUGAGUUCCAUACCAAACAACACAAACACAUGCCCUGGUGUGGACGCUAAGCUAUGAAAGUUGUGUUAGCAAGUUUCUGAAUGCCGCGUACAAAAUCCACAUUGCAUCACGUCACAGUCUGAUUUGUGAUUUGACACCGUAACAGCUGUAUGAUCGAUGGGAAGAAAAUUUGCUAUCAAAAAUGUCAAGACCAUUUACAUGUUAAUGAGUGUGAGGCAAGCCAAUUAUUCCCCCCAAAUGUCUGCAGAGACAGAUGGAGCACGGACGCACAUCCCUACGUAUUCAAUUCCUUUAGUGCCAACGGGAGCAAAUGAGGUGAAUGAGGUAACCGAUGCCACAUAAAAAAAAACAAUAUGGGGCUGAAAGAUGGCCCUUGGUUGAGGUGGUUGCGGAACCUUGGUUAGCAUCAGUAAUUCAUUCCAGAAAGUCCGACACUAACCAAAACGGAUGUUAACCAAAUCAUAAUUUCCCAUUAUGGAAAUAAUGAAACAAUGAAUGGAAGGGCUUAUGCAUGAAAAAAUAUAAAAACCUUUCAGAGAGUCAAUUGAUCAUUGGCGGGUGACAUAACUUCCUGUACGGUUUGUGCUAUCUAGUACUAGGAACCUUUUGGCCCGGGUUUUGCCCGGUAUUCAACAUAUCUGAUUGAAUGAGCAUUAGUGCUAUGAAAUAUUGACUUUGAGAUAUCCACAAGGUUUCAUCGAGAUUCAGCUGUGUUUGGAAGUCACAAGGCAAGUCUAAAUGGUCUCCAAGAACCCAAAUAUGCUGGCAUACACAUCGUGGUGACUGGAAAAACCAUCAUCACAAGACAUUAGACGCCAGAAAGUCAUUCUGAAGCCAUUACAACAAAUCUGGGAAUGAGUAAAACCAGUCUAUGUCAAAAGCCCAUCAAUCCAUCAAAUACCUUAUCUAUGUGUGGGUGCCAGUACUCGUCGUGUUGGGUCUUGGCCGUUGAGGAGUUGAUCCUGGAGAAGAAGGUGGGCUUGGUGAGGUACAUCAGAGUUUGGUCCAAACCAAACGUCUCUGCAAUAAGUGUUUGGAUUCGCUUGCGUACAUCUCUGAAAGUGAAAAGAACAUGACAGCGGUUAAGGCAGCUUUUCUUGUCAAGGGGUCGUCUCAGCUGCCUUUAAGUCGCUAUAUUUAAAAAAAACUUUACAGUUUUAACCUGAAAUCUUCCCGUGUGGCCGGGCUCUUGCAAAGUUCAACCUCAAUUGAAGAAUAAUCUAAACUAUGAGGCUCGAUUGACACGACAUGAUUCAAGCGUAAUGCUUGACUGAUAAUGUAAUCUUGUCAAGGGUUGCAGACAUUGUUCAAAGGUCCUUGAAGGCACCAUAGUUGUGUGCUCUGACUGCAUUGCAUCUGUUUAUGCCUGUUUAUGUGUACUACAUUUACUUGUACUGUACAUUUUAUCAUUUCAAAUCUGUUAAAUGUGUGUGUGAGGCAUAUUUUGGGUUAGCAUCCAUCGCUAGUGAUCAAUGACAAUUGAAGCGCUGGUUCUGAAACCGAAUAUAGUAGAAUAAUUCCAAGAGCCACUUUUAUUACAAAUGUUGAUCCAAAAACGGAGAACGUCAAGAAGAGUUUAGAUGGGU